GAGGUCUAAGUUAUGAGCUGAUGACGUGUUGUGGGAGCCCUGCCUACGCUGCCCCUGAACUCAUCCAGGGAAAAGCGUAUAUCGGCUCAGAGGCUGAUGUUUGGAGUAUGGGGGUGCUGCUGUUCGCUCUGCUCUGUGGAUACCUGCCUUUCGAUGAUGAAAACUGCAUGGUCCUCUACAGGAAGAUAAUGAGAGGUAAAUACGAUAACCCACGGUGGCUCUCUCCAGGUAGUGUCCUCCUCCUCAACCAGAUGAUGCAGGUGGACCCCAAGCGGCGUGUUACUGUUCGCCAUCUGCUGGACCAUCCCUGGGUGCUGAAAGACUACAACAGCCCUGUGGAGUGGUUCAGCAGGCAGCCGCUUGGUCACAUAGAUGAGGACUGCAUCACUGAGAUGGCAGUCAACAUGAAGCGAUCGAGAGAGAGCACCACAGCACUGGUGACGGAGUGGCGGUAUGACCAUACCACAGCCACCUACCUGCUGCUGCUGUCGAAGAAACAGAGGGGAAAACCUGUCCGUCUGCGCCCUGAACCAACUGUCUGCGAGGACUCCUGCUCUCCCUCACAACAGGGACUACAGACAAGGGAAGCUCUUCAUUAUAGCGAGGAUGAAGAUGCUGUGAUUGUGGGUUCUUUGGAUUUUGGCUCGGAGUACAUUGAUGACUGUCCCUGGCUGUCAGUCAAACAACACACACCCCAGGGGGUCAGAGGGCAACCAGACGGAUGUGCAAGCAACAAGAGACUGGCAUCUCCAUCAGUGGAGAGAAGAUGUGCUUACAGCCCGACUCCAGAGAGGGGGCGGACAACCACGCAGCACCGCCAGGAGAGGAGGGACAGAGAACUAGAGCAAACCACUGAGAACAAGGAGAAUAUUGCUGUUCAAGAGAAAGUUGUUGACAUUUUUGUGUUGCCUCCUCCUCGAACUCCAGUGUCCAGUAGGAAGAAUGCACGCCACAAGAAUGUGUUGACCACGCCCAAUCAAAAUACUAACGUCAAUAGCGGCAAAAACAACGCCCUCACACCUAAAGAUGGAGGCAGUGGCUCUAAAGAACACACCAAGAAGAGAACAGCCGAGAACAAGGAGCCUGCAAACAUUGAAAUAUUGGCUUUCAGUCCUGAGAGAAGGUCUCGGUCUUUGGACAUGGCAGUUACAGGAGACAGCGGAAAGAAGAAGAGAGGAGGGAAGGUGUUUGGUUCUCUGGAGAGAGGUCUGGAUAAGGUGAUCACCAUGCUCACUCCCAGCAAGAGACGAGCCCUGCGGGACGGCCCUCGCAAGAUCAAGGCACAAUACAACGUGACUUUGACGAGUCAAACGAACCCGGACCAGGUACUUAAUCAGAUCCUCUCCAUCCUGCCGGAGAAAAACGUCGACUUCACACAGAAAGGAUAUACGCUCAAGUGUCAGACCUGGGGCGACUUUGGGAAGGUGACGAUGGCAUUUGAGUUGGAGGUGUGCCUACUGCAGAGGCCAGAGGUGGUCGGGGUCCGCCGCCAGAGGCUGAAAGGAGACGCUUGGGUCUACAAGCACCUGGUUGAGGACAUCCUCUCCGCAUACAGGAUUUAAAAGCACUUUUCACUUCCUAUCCAAGUCAAUAGACUGACCCUCUGUCAGCAAUUACACGUCUGUCUUAUGUAAAUACUCUUAGCCUCAAUGAUCAGUCCUUAUUAUUUUUCAUGAAUAUUAAAAAUUCUCCUUAGGCAAGUCUGCAAUCUCCAGAAUAUGUGUUACAUUGAAUUUAUGAGAAUUGCAUGUCAAGAUCCUUUAUACUGUUUCUUGUUUUAUGUAGAAUAUUGUUGUUUUACUAUCAGGCUAAAUAGGAUCCAUGUCAACCCUCUUGAGGUGUGUGUGCGUGCGUGUGUGUGUUUGCACGUCUGUGCGUGUGUGUGUGUGUAAUGUAUUUACAGUUUACCUUCUGGCCUCUUAUUACCAUAUUUAUGUCAUGAUGUUAUUCUUCCCUGUAGGUGUAAAACUUGAUUUAAUAACAUAAAUGAGCUGAGCAUUACUAAUUUACUGUCAUUGUUUUUUAUGUAUGUUUACAUUUCCUCCAUCAUGAUUUUUUUACGUGGUUCUAUGAAGUGUCUGAUUUUAUUACCUGUCCAGGUGUUUCAUGUUUUCUUGUCUGUCACGUCGUGUCUGUAAGAUUUUCUACUGACAAUGUAAAGGGAGCAAAAUAAAUGAUUUCUGCUGAG